AUGCGGGUCGGUGGGGGAAACGUGGGGAAGCAAGGGGCGCGUACGGAGACAGGAAGGGGGAUCCGGCCCACAAGCCAAGGGGGUCCUGCGCAGCCGGAUCGGGCCCGGGCCCUUGGGUUAAAGCUGCUGCUGCGCCGCCGGCCCCCCGUUUCCUCCCUGAUCUUGCCAGCCCAGCCCCGGGAGAGAGGCGGGCGGGUUUGGCACGGCGGGGCUGGCUCCGGCUGCCAUCCUGGAGACCAUAAAUGCCCCCAUCCCAAGGAGUCCGGCUGCUUCUCCCCUCAGGCUUUGGCCCUGGUGCAGAGCUCAUCCUCGCCCCUGGCCUGGCUGGAGCACCCCCGACCCUGUCAGGGACAGGGUGGCCUGCCCUUGCUCAGCAGGUUGCGCCAUCCCUCGAAGGAGAUGCGGAAGGCAGGGCAUCGCCGAGGGCCUUGCCCCAGGGAGCUGCUGGGCAUCCUGGCAUGGCUCUGCCUCUGGGAGACUCUGGCACUGGAUGAUGGGCGUUGGUGCGAGAGGAUGGUCCAGGUGAUGGAAGAGGAAGUUGUGAGCCCACGGCAGGAAGAGGUGGUGCCCUGUUCUGAUGUCUACCAGUACAACAUGGCAGGCUGGCGCCUUGACCAGGAGCGGAUGCGCCAGACCUAUGGCAGAACAGGAGGCCUCCUCCACCACCACAAAGGCCAGGCUGGUGCCAUUGGCAUGUGCUACAUCUACAAGCCUGAGGACACGAGGCCCACAAUCUGGAACCGCACGGUGCGCGCUUGCUGCGAGGGAUGGAGCGGGCCCCACUGCUCUGAGGGAAAGGGGUCGGUGGGUCACUGCUUCUCCACCUGGCAGUGCCAGGAGGUGCCCGGACUGCAGAACCUCUCGCUGCUCAGCAUGGAUGAGUGUUGUAGCCGCCCGUGGGGUCAUAGCUGGCACAACACCUCCUCACAGCUCUGCUUCAGCUGCUCACACCUGCCUCUGAAAGAUGAUUUGCCGUCCCCUUUGUUGCUCCACCCACCAGCCCCUACGGCGCUCCUGGUCCUCUCGGGGAGGCACCACCCCGGGCACCCCUUUGCCACCUGCGUGACCUGGGCCGGCUUCCACUACCGCAGCUUUGACGGCAAACAUUUCCGCUUCCACGGGACCUGCGCGUACACCUUGGCCGCUGCCUCCGACGGCACCUGGGCCAUCUACCUCUCCUCAAGCAGAGGGGCCUGUGUGCCUGGCCUCUGCCACAGGGCCCUUCGCAUGCUCUUUGGCCUUCACCUGGUCGUGGCUCAAGGCCGGAACGUCUCGGUGAACGAUGCGCUGGUGCCCGAGGGUGAGCCGCGCUUGCAAAAAGGGAUCAGCGUCUGGUGGCUGGGAGACUUCCUCUUUGUGGAGAGCGGCCUGGGCGUGCGGGUCAAAUUUGAUGGGCACGACACAGUCUACGUUACUGUUGGGGCCGACCUGAGAGGAGCCACCCGAGGGCUGUGCGGAGUCUACAACAACGACCCUGCAGAUGACUUCCUACGUGUGGGAGGGGACGUGGCAGCCUUGGCAGCUAGCUUUGGCAAUUCGUGGCGCAUCCCAGACGUCAGAUCGAGUCCAUGCGAAGAUGCCACUGAGGAAGUGCAUAGCUGUGAUGCGCUGGAAGGCCGAGUGGCUCAGCAGGAGGGCGAGUCCCUGUGUCAGAAGCUGCUCUCCAGCCCUUUCAGCCAAUGCCACUCAGAGGUUUGCAAUCCCAAUCCCUCUGCUGUGCUCCCCUACCCACUGGUGGCUGGUGGCUGGUGUGCCUCAACAGGGCCCACACACGCUGCAUCCCCACUGAGGUUUGGUGUCCUGUGCCGUUCCCGGCAGGUGGACCCCAGUGGCUUCUAUGACACUUGCAUGUACAUGCACUGCAGUGGAGCCGGGACCAAUGCCAUCUGCGAGACCUUUGCCAGCUACGCCCGCGAGUGUGCCCAGCAGAGCAUUUUUGUCACCUGGAGAAGGCCUGGAUUCUGCGAGAAGACGUGCGGUCAAGGGAAACACUACUCCGACUGUGUCUCCUCCUGCCCAGCCAGCUGUGCAGCGGUGGCAGGCAUUGCAGAGGAAGGACACUGCCGGGACGAGUGUGUGAGUGGCUGUGAAUGUCCGCCGGGCCUCUACUUGGAGAAGGGUGCCUGCGUCCGAGAGAGCCAGUGCCCCUGCUUCCACCGACGGCAGAAGUAUGCCCCAGGGGAGAGCAUUCAGCAACGCUGCAACCAGUGCACGUGCCAAGGGGGCCGCUGGCUUUGCUCCCAAGACCAGUGCGCCGGGGAGUGUGCUGUGCUCGGCAACCCGCACUACCUGACCUUUGACCACAAGCGCUACUCCUUCCAUGGCACUUGCCAGUAUGUCCUGGUGCAGGAUUUUGUGAAUGGGAAGCUUCAGAUUUCUGCAGAGAACGAGGUGUGUGGGAAUCAAGGAGCUGUUGGCUGCCUCCGAGCUGUGACCAUCACUGUGCAGAAGGUCUCUGCCCGGCUGUCCUUUACAGGGGAGGUGUCCGUGAAUGGCCAGGUAGUUGCCCUCCCUUUUGCCAGUGCUGAUCUGACUGUGCGCCGCGCCUCCUCCUCCUUCCUGCUUCUCCAGGCCUUCGGAGCCCACGUGCUGUGGGGCCUGGAGUUCCCGGCAGUCUAUAUCACUCUCCAGCCCAGCUUUGCCAACAAGGUCCGAGGCCUGUGCGGCACCUACAACUGGAACCAGCAUGACGAGUUCACCACGCCGGAAGGAGACGUAGAGUCCAGCGUUGCAGCUUUUGCCAACAAGUUCCAAGUCUCCCACGACUGCCCCUCCUUUGGCACGUUCACCUUUGACCCCUGCAGCACUUACACCCAGCGAAGACAGUUUGCUGAGGCGGCCUGCGCGGUCCUCCACGGCCCAUCCUUCCAGCCCUGCCACGAUCUGGUGGAGCGGGAUCCUUUCUACCAGCUCUGCCUUUAUGAUGUGUGUGGCUGUUCCACCGAGAAGGACUGCCUGUGCAGUGCCGUGGCUGCCUAUGCCAAACAGUGUGCCCAGGAGGGAGCCCCCGUGGCCUGGAGGAAUCAGAGCUUCUGCCCGGUGCAGUGCUCGGGGGGGCAAGUCUAUCGGGAAUGCUCCGCCCCCUGCAGAAUGAGCUGUGCUGACCUGCGCAUGGAAGGGCUUGGCACGUGCCAGGAUCUGCAGAGCGUCUGUGUGCCCGGGUGCAACUGCCCAGAGGGGCUGGUGCUGGACGAUGAUGGGCAGUGUGUCCAGCCGGCCAUGUGCCCCUGCAUGGACAGAGAAGAGGUGCACCCCCCUGGCAGGCAGAUUCGGAGGAGCUGCAACACCUGUGUCUGUGUGGACGGGGCCUGGAACUGCACGGACGAGAGCUGCCCCAAAGCCGUCCUCUGUCCCGGGGAGCUGGUCUAUGCCUUUGGUGCCUGCCUGCGAACCUGUGAGAGUCCCGAGGGCAACCUCAGCUGUGCCGGGGUCUCUGAUGGCUGCGUUUGCCCCCCUGGCACUGUCUUCUUGAACGAGAGCUGCAUCUCCCCAGAGGAGUGCCCUUGCCACCACAACGGCCGGCUGUACCAGCCCAAUGACACCAUCGCCAAGGACUGCAACACCUGCAUUUGCCGAAACCAGCACUGGGAGUGCAGCCACCACCACUGUGCCAGGACGUGUGUAGCCACUGGGGACCCCCACUACAUCACUUUUGAUGGCCGGGCUUACACCUUCCUGGGGGACUGUGAGUACAUCCUGGCCCGCGAGAGUGGCGGGGCCUUCACCGUCACGGCCGAGAAUGUGCCCUGCGGCACAAGCGGCACCACCUGCACCAAAUCCAUUCUGGUGCUCAUCGGCAACACGGUUAUCCAUCUGCUCCAAGGAAAAGACGUGACUGUGAACGGGGUCUCGGUGCGCCCCCCAAAGACAUAUAGUGGAAACGGCCUGACCCUGGAGAGAGCCGGCCUCUUCCUUGCUCUCAUCUCCCAGCUGGGGCUGACGGUGCUCUGGGACGGAGGCACACGAAUCUAUAUCAAACUGGACCCUAUGUACCGAGGUCGUGUGUCAGGACUGUGCGGAAACUUUGAUGGGAACACUGAGAAUGAUUUCACCACCCAGCAAGGCAUUGUGGAGCCCACAGCUGAUCUUUUUGGCAACUCCUGGCGCGUCAGCCUGCUCUGCCCUGAAGUCAACAGUGAGGACUUUGAGCACCCAUGCACGGUGAACUCUCACCGUGUGACGUGGGCUCGGAAGCGCUGUGGGGUUCUCUUGCAGGACCUCUUUGCCCCCUGCCACGCAGAGCUGCCGUGCCAGCAGUUCUACGAGUGGUGCAUCUUCGACGCCUGUGGCUGUGACUCUGGAGGGGACUGUGAGUGUCUUUGCACAGCCAUCGCCACCUACGCCGAGGAGUGCAGCCAACGGGGGGUGUCCGUGCGCUGGAGGAGCCAGGAGCUCUGCCCCAUGCAGUGCGACUAUGGCCUGGAGUACGACGCCUGCGGCCCGGCCUGCCCUCAGACCUGCAAGAACUUCGGCCUGGAGGCCACUGAGCACUGUGACGAUGCCGUUUCCUGCGUGGAGGGCUGCUUCUGCCCGGAGGGAAAAGUCUUGCACGGUGGGCACUGCAUCGACCCCUCCGAGUGCCCUUGCUACUGGGACGGCACUUUGUUCCCACUGGGGGCUGUGGUGAUGCAGGACUGCAGGAACUGCUCUUGCGAGGCAGGCCUGUGGCAGUGCACCACCCCCUUGGAGCCUUGCACCACCCUGUCCCGCUGCACUGAGGCAGAGUUUGCCUGCCGCACAGGCAGGCGCUGUGUGCCCAGCGCCUGGGUGUGCGAUAAUGAGGACGACUGCGGGGACGGCUCAGAUGAGUUUUGCGCCUUGAGCUGCGCCCCGCACCAGUAUCAGUGCGCCAGUGGGCAGUGUGUGCCGUGGGGAUACCGCUGCGAUGGCAACGCGGACUGUUUGGACCACUCAGACGAGAGGGACUGCCUCCUGCCCGCCUGUGCCCUGAAGGAGUUCCGCUGCGCCAAUGGACGCUGCAUCCCCCAGGAGCACGUCUGUGAUGGAGAGCUGGACUGUGGCUUUGCAGAUCACUCCGAUGAGGCAGGCUGUGGGCCGCCCUGUGGGCCCAGUGAGUUCCGCUGUGCCGCCGGGCACUGUUUGCCGUACCUGCACCGCUGUGAUGGGCAUGACGACUGCGGAGACUUCAGCGAUGAGCGCGGCUGUGUGUGCCCCGCUGGGCAUUUCCAGUGCCCCGAUGGCCGGUGCCUUUCCCAAGCUCUGGUUUGUGAUGGGAAGCAGGACUGCCCCACUGGAGCGGACGAGGCUUUCUGCCCAGGCCAAGUGACGUGUGCCCCAGGGCAACUGCCUUGUCCAGACGGUACCUGUGUGAGCCGCACACGAGCAUGUGAUGGCGUGCGGGACUGUGCGGACGGCACCGAUGAGAACCCACCUCAUUGCCUGGUGUCCCAGACCACACCUCCGGCUGCCACCGUCUCCCCCACUCUUCCAUGUCAUGCAGCGCCCCCCUGUGGUCGUUAUGAGUUCCACUGUCACAGCGGGGAGUGCCAGCCGCGGGGCUGGGUAUGUGACAAUGAAGCAGACUGCCUGGACGGCAGCGACGAAUUGCACUGCAACCGCACGUGUGGCCUGGACCAGUUCCCCUGCACCCUUGGGGGCGAGUGCAUCCACUACAGCCGGCUGUGCGAUGGCGUCCCCCACUGCCAGGACCAGUCAGAUGAGAGCAUUGACACCUGCGGCUCCACACAGAUCCCUCCCUGUCCAGGAUUCUUCAUCUGCAACAACCGCAUGUGCAUCAAUGUCUCCCGGGUGUGCGAUGGCUCCCCAGACUGCCCCCAGGGGGAAGACGAGCUGGCCUGCGAAAGCCAGGUGGUUCCUCCAGGUGAAAGGAACAAGACAGCGGGACCUUGUACGGAAUACUCCUGUGGGGACGGCACUUGCAUUGCCUUUAAACAGGUGUGCAACGGUCUGGCUGACUGUGCAGAUGGCACUGAGGCCUCAGGCUGGCUCCCAUCGGAUGAGCAGGAUUGUGGGCUGUGGAGCCCCUGGGCCCCCUGGAGUGCCUGCAGCCGGUCCUGCGGGACAGGCCUGCAGGUCCGCCGGAGGUCCUGCACCCGACGGGCCAACGACGUCCUGCGGCACUGCCUUGGAGAGGAGACUCAGGCCCAGCAGUGCUUUGCAGUGGCCUGCCCAGUGGACGGUGUGUGGAGCGAGUGGGCUACAUGGUCCAACUGCACCCAGGACUGCCGUGGGGUAGUGGUACGGCGCCGGGAAUGCCUGCCGUCCCAGAAUGGGGGCCGCCCCUGCACGGAGAUGCCGGAUGCCUCGGCAAGCUCAAUAGAGAUCCAACUGUGCCAGCAGGAAGAAUGUGCUAACGCCUCCACCUGCCCUGGGGAAUUGGUGAGCCGGAAGUGUGCGCCCUGCCCCAUGUCAUGCGCCGAGCUCACCAGCCGCACACGGUGCAGGAAGGACAGGCCCUGCAGGCCAGGCUGCUGGUGCCCUGAAGGACUGGUCUUGGACAGUGAGCAGCAGUGUGUGCGCCCGCGGGAGUGCCCGUGCCAGGUGGAGGGCACCCGCUACUGGCCUGGCCAGCUGGUGAAGGUCAACUGCCGGAUCUGCACCUGCCAGGACGGGCAGAUGAAACGCUGCCGGCAGAACCCGGAGUGCACAGUGAAUUGCGGCUGGUCGUCCUGGUCCCCCUGGGGCGAGUGCCUGGGCCCCUGUGGGGUGCAAAGCAUCCAGUGGUCCUUCCGCAGCCCCAACAACCCCAGCAAGCAUGGGAAUGGCCGGCAGUGCCGAGGCAUCUACCGCAAAGCCCGCAGGUGCCAGACGGAGCCAUGUGAGGAGUGUGAGCACCACGGGCGAGCCCAUGCCAUCGGCGACCGCUGGCGCUCAGGGCAAUGCCAGGUGUGCCAGUGCCUGCCCAACCUGACGGUGCAGUGUUCCCAGUACUGCCCCUACAGCAUGGUGGCCUGCCCUGAGGGCCGAGUCCUGGUGGAGGGCAGAGGAGAAUCCUGCUGCUACUGCAUGGAGGCCGGAGAGAACCAAACGGCCAUGCCCACUGGGCCAACAGCUGGACCACCCAGCGUGGCCAGUCCAGCUGCCUUCACCACAGCCUCAGCGCUCAGCACCUUCCCGUUGCCCCCUCUUGGAGACCUUUGCUACGGCCCCCUGGGCAUCGCCUCCUUGCCGGACGCCAGCUUCACUGCUUCUUCCCAGCAACCGGAGAACCCGGCUCAUGGCGCCCGCCUCAACCGCAUCCUGCCCAAGACUGAUUUGCAAGGCUGGGCUCCCCCGGCUGACGUGUACCCUGAGCUGCUUUCCAAGCCUCCCUUCUUGCACGUGGACCUGGGGGAGCCCAGGAACCUCACAGGGGUGGUGAUUCAAGGGGCAGGAUCCUCAGAUGCCUACGUGACCAGCUUCUUCCUGCAGUUCAGCCUGGAUGGCAUGAGAUGGCACGACUACCACGAACUCUUCCACGGGAACUCGGAUGACUCAACCCCCGUUGUCCGGACCUUCCAGCGCAUGGUGCAUGCCCGGCACGUCCGGAUCCUUCCUCGUGACUUCCACCACGGGAUCUUCUUGCGGGUGGAACUCCUGGGCUGUGGGAAAGUGUCCCCAGAGCUCCCUGGAACGCCCACCAUGCCACCGAGCAGGAGGCCUUGCUGGACUGGUGAGUUCCAGUGCCAGAACAGGCGCUGUGUCCCAGCCGGGCCCAAUGGCGCCAUUUGCGACGGCUUCGAUGACUGCGGGGACUUCUCUGACGAGCUGCGCUGCGGAGUUGGCCCAUCCCCAGAGCCCUCUAUUCCAGGGGGCUGCCCGCUCUCCCAGUUCCGCUGUGCCUUGUCCGGUGUCUGCAUUGAAGCAUCCCAGAGAUGCGAUGGGGUCACCAGCUGCCCAGAUGGCACCGACGAGAUUGGCUGUGCACCCGCAAGCAAAGUGCCCCCAGCUGGUACCGUCAGCUGCCUGGUGGCUGCUAGCCCUCCAGCCCUGGUUGCCAUUCCCCCUUGUGGGGCUGUGAUGUGCAGGUACAGCGCAAAGGAGCUCUUGGACACAGGAGGGCAUGCGGUGUCUCCAACUGGACGGCCAUUUCCUGAGGGCUUCACCCCCACCCCACCAGGUCCCUGCAGCGAACCUCUUGGCCUGGAAGACGGGCGCGUCCAGUACCAGCAGCUGAGUGCCUCCUCUUACCAGGAAGGAACCCCCCCAGACUCUGGGCGCCUCAACAUCGUCCCCAAUAUACAGAACAUGGAGCCCGGGUGGAGCCCGCUUGCAUCUGACCCCAAUCCCUACUUCCAAGUGGACUUUCUCAAGCCCACCUUCAUCACUGCAGUGGUCACGCAAGGCGGGAGCCAGGCCCGGGGCUACAUCUCCCAUUACCGCCUGGUCUACAGUAACGACGGGGUCAACUUUCGGAAUUACACCAGAGGUGGAUACGGCCCCGCAACUUCCCUGCAGGCUCAGGUCCUGCAGGGGAAUUCCGACAGCACCACACCGGUGCGACGGGAGCUGAGCCCGCCCAUCUUGGCACGCAUCCUGCGUCUGGUGCCCACAGAGUUUCGCGGAAGCCCCGCCUUGCGCAUGGAGGCGCUUGGCUGCCCCUGGACCCACGGCGAGAUGGAGUCUGCAGUGGGUGUGACAACCAUCGCCACCACCGGCACUGAACCCCACACGGGGACAACAACUCUUCCAUGGUGGCUCACCAGGACGCCGGGCAUAUCGCAGGACUUCCAGGGCCCUGGAGGGGCAACCACGGAGCCCGGGUCCCGACCCUCCAAGCCGCCCACUGCCUCGCCCUUCUGGCCCACCUCCCAGCCUCUGUCCCCCACUGUGCCGAGUCUUACGACGACCAGCCCGUCUGGCAUGACAGGACUGCCUGCUUUCCAUACCUUUCAGCCCAGCAGACCAGCCUUGAGACCCACGCUUUCUGGGCCCACCCGCACCCCCAGCCCUGGUAUGCCCAGAAUCCUUUGCACGCAGGGGCAGUUUGCCUGUGAGGUGUUUGGCUGUGUCGAGGCUGCCUUUGUGUGUGAUGGCCAAGAGGACUGUUUGGAUGGGUCCGAUGAAGCGCAUUGCGGUGAGUCUCCCACCAGGACCACUGUGACCCCCCUGUCCCCAGUGGGUCCUCCCGCUGCCUGUUCCACCAAGCAGUUCUCCUGCGGUAGCGGGGAGUGCCUGGCACUUGAGCGGCGUUGCGACCUCCGACACGAUUGCCAGGAUGGAUCUGAUGAGGCCAACUGCGUGGACUGCAUUGUGUCUCCGUGGACCACUUGGAGCAAGUGCAGCCGGUCGUGUGGGUUGGGGGUGACCUUCCGCCGCCGGGACUUGCUCCGCAACGCCCUUCCUGGGGGGCAAUGUGACCGUGACGAAUUCGACAGCCGCUCUUGCUUCCUCCGGGCCUGCCCAGUUAAUGGCGCCUGGGCCUCCUGGGGGGAAUGGUCUGACUGCGAUGCUGAGUGCCGGGGUGGGGUCCGGAGCCGCACCAGGGCCUGUGCCGACCCCCCACCCAAGAAUGGGGGGCAGGCUUGCCCUGGGGACGCCGUGCAGAUGGAGACUUGCAACCAACAGCCCUGUGGAGAUGCCCGGGACUGCGGCCCGGACAUGGUCUACGUGCAAGCUGGGCACUGUGAGCGUGGCCUGGUGGCUCUGUGUCCCCAGACGUGCCGGCAACUGAGUGCAAAGCCGAGCUGUCACAGCAGCUGCGUUGAGGGCUGCCGCUGCCCCCCGGGACUUUUCUUGCAAGAUGGGGGCUGUGUGAACAUCAGCCAGUGCCACUGCUUCUUUGACCACAAGCGGCACCUCCCAGGGGAGAUGUUCCUAAGAGACAACUGCAGCCAGUGCGUCUGUCUGGAUGGCACCGUGACCUGUGACUCAGUGGCCUGCCCUGUGAAGUGUGGCUGGUCGGCCUGGUCCCCGUGGACACCCUGUGGAAGAAGCUGUGGCGUUGGGAUGCAGCAGAGAUUCAGAUCCCCCUCCAACCCAGCAGCUGCCAACGGUGGUGCCCCAUGCCAAGGGGAUGCCCAGGAGGUGCGCGAGUGCCACACAGCCUGCAUCUCAGAGAUUACUUUCAUGUGGAGCGACUGGACGCCCUGGUCACCCUGCUCAAAGACCUGCUUCUACGCCACGGAUAUGGUUGGAGUGAGGAAGCGAUUCCGGGGCUGCAACGGCACCACGGAGGCCACAGGGUGCAGUGGGGAGACGGUGCAGGCGCAGCCCUGCGACACGCCCCCCUGCCCAGUGGAAGGCGUCUGGACCCCGUGGACUGCCUGGUCCAAAUGCUCAGUGCUUUGCGACUCCGGAAUUCAGACCCGCAACCGCACCUGCUCCAACCCUGCCUAUGGGGGCCCAGAGUGCUCUGGGCCCCUCAUCCAGACCCGCGACUGCAACACUCAGCCCUGCAAAGCGCUGUGCCCGGGUAACAUGGUGUACCAGACAGCUGAGGAGUGCCGGCGGAAGGGAGGUGCCUGCCCACGCCUCUGCCUGGACCAGGGCACGCGUGUGGAGUGCGCCUCACACUGCUAUGAGGGCUGCUACUGCCCCGACGGCCUCUUCCUCCAGAACGAUAGUUGCAUCCCGCUCAGCGAGUGCCCUUGCUACCACCAGGGGGAGCUCUUCCAGCCGGGGCACAACAUCCCACUGGACGCCUGCAACAACUGCACUUGCAAGGAUGGGGAGAUGGAGUGCACCACGGAGCCUUGCCCAGUUGACUGUACCUGGAGUGUCUGGGCACCCUGGAGCUCCUGCAGCCGCACCUGCAAUGUGGGCACACGACGUCGCUACCGGUCUAGCUCUGAGCCACCUGCUGCUGAUGGAGGACAGCUGUGCCAGGGAUCCAAUGUGGAGAUUGAAUUUUGCAGCCUGCAGCCUUGCCAGGCUGCCGGCAUGGAAUGGGGACCCUGGUCAGAGUGCUCUGUGCCGUGUGGGGGUGGCUACCGGAACCGCACCAGGGUCAGCACAACUGUCUUGCGCCGGAUCGAAUUUGCCACCUGCCACCUUCCCCCCUGCACAGGUGAGGUGCCAGGCCUCUGCCCAGAGGGGAAAGUGUGGCAGGAUUGUGCUGAUGGGCCAGCUUCCUGCGCAGAGCUCAGCACAGAACCUGGAGUGAACAGAACUUGCCACGCCGGCUGUUACUGCCCCAGUGGCAGCAUCCUGCUGAACAAUCUCUGUGUGCCGGAAGCAGAAUGCCCGUGCACCGUAGACGGGAUGCUCUACGCCCCGGGAGAUGUAGUACUCAAAGGCUGUGAAAACUGCACCUGCAUCUCUGGCCAGGUGGGCAACUGCUCCCGAGCAGUCUGUGGAGACGUGAAUGGCCGCUGGUCAGAAUGGACUCCCUGGAGCGAGUGCGCAGCUUCUUGCGGGCUGGGUCUCCAGAACCGGUACCACUUCUGCACGGACCCCGCUCCGUCUGGGAUGGGAAUGCCCUGCUUGGGCCCAGAGCGUGAGGACAAGCCUUGCUACAUCCAGCCGUGCACCACUGUGGACUGCUCUGCCGUGGAGGGCUCUGUGUACAGCCGCUGUGGGCCCUCCUGCCCCCGCUCCUGUGACGACGUCUCGCACUGCAUGUGGGCCUGUGAGCCUGGCUGUUACUGCACCGGGGGGAAGGUCCUGGAUGGAAACGGCACGGCCUGCGUGGAGAAGCACAACUGCACCUGCCUGGACCUGCUCACCGGCCACCGGCACCUGCCAGGAGAGACCGUCCCUCGCUCCGAUGGCUGCAACACCUGCACCUGCUCCGAAGGGAAGCUGAUCUGCACCAGCCACGCCUGUGCCGUUCCGGGGGGCUGGUGUGACUGGGCCCCAUGGAGCCCCUGCUCCAGGACAUGCGGCAACGAAAUGGUGACCCGCUACCGGACGUGCAGUUGCCCCAAGCCCCAGCACGGGGGCCCCGAGUGCGAGGGGCUGCAAGAGCACCAUGGGGACAGCGGCGUGCAGCUCCAGAGGAAAGAGUGCCGUCUGGCCUCAUUCUGCCCAGUGAACGGGGAUUGGAGCACGUGGAGCCCUUGGUCUCCUUGCGAUGCCUGCAGCGGUGAGUCAGCACGCAGCAGGGAGUGCAGCAAUCCCCCUGCACGCUUUGGGGGCCUGCCCUGCCCUGGGGAAGCCCGGCAGAGCCACAAGUGCCACGACGGAGUCACUGUGUGCAAAGACUGCGGGGGAGGCCAGGUGUCAUUCCCUUGCGGCAAGGCCUGCCCACGCACCUGUGAGGACCUGCACCCAGAUACCGCCUGCUUGGAGAGCCCCGAGUGCCAGCUCUCAUGUGCCUGUCCGGAUGGACAGCUGAUCCAGGAUGCGGUGUGUGUCAGUCCGGCCCAAUGCCACUGCAAGUAUCAGAACACCUGGUCAGGUGCUUCUGAAGGACAGAAUCUCUCUUCCUGGUCAGGGCUGCCCCCAUGGGAGUAUGCCCAGCCGGGGGAGACUGUGUACAGGCCCUGCCAGAACUGCACCUGCGUGGCCGGACAACUGCAAUGCCACGUGGACCCGUCGUGCCACCUGGACGGCAGCUGGAGCACAUGGGGGCCGUGGUCACCCUGCAGCCAGAGCUGCGGGGAGGGAGCCCAGUUCCGCUCCCGGGAGUGCGACAACCCAGCCCCCCAGAAUGGAGGCAGGGGGUGCACCGGUGGCCGGGAGCAGCAGAGGUCUUGCCAAAGCCAGCAGGAUUGCCCAGAGGAGGAAGCGUGGGGCCCGUGGUCCCUGUGGGCGCCCUGCACCGUGUCCUGUGGCGGCGGAGAGCAGAUGCGUGGCCGCCAGUGUCAAGAGCCGCACUGCCAGGGCUUGGCCGACCAGAGCAAGACAUGCAACACACAAGUGUGUCUUGAGGUGGGCUGCCCGGUGGGGCGUCUGUACCGGGAGUGCCUGCAGGAAGAGGGGUGUCCCUACAGCUGCGCCCACCUCACGCACCAGAUGGACUGCUUCUCAGACGGCUGUGAGGAAGGCUGCCACUGCCCGGUGGGCGCUUACCAACACGAGGGGGCCUGUGUCCAGGAGUGCCCCUGUAUCCUGACCGAGGAGGCCCUGAAGGUGUUCCGGAACCACUCCUCGGAUCCCAGCCACUCUCUGGCCAUCCUCACAGCUCAGGGUCAACAACUGUCCCCAGGGGAGGAGGUGGCACCAAACACCACCGUCUAUUCUGCCUGCAGCAAUUGCUCCUGCCGCAAUGGGCAGCUGACCUGCAUUUUCUCCCUCUGCCCCGUGGACGGAGGCUUCGCACCCUGGAGCCCGUGGGCCCCCUGCUCUUUGAGCUGCGGGGGGCUGGGGAACAUGACCAGGACCCGAGACUGCACCAGCCCUGAGCCUGCUAAUGGUGGGAAGGACUGCGUUGGCUCUCGGGUUGAUAUCAAGUUCUGCCAGACGCUGGAUUGCAAAGCAGUGGCUGGACCCACGAAGGAGCCUGUCUCCAUCAUCCCAGGCUCUGAGGAGGACAGCUUCACCCUCUGGUCACCCUGGACACCUUGCUCUAAAACCUGCAGCGAUCCCGACCUCCCGGCCAUCAAGACCCGCAUGAGGUUUUGCCCAGGAGGGGCCAACUGUACAGGGGACUCGUUCCAGGAGAGAGAAUGCAACUUGCCCCAGUGCACAGACACCCCCUUGUGCCAGGGCGAGGAGUGCCUGGGCCUGAACUGCACCUGGAAUCCCUGGUCUCUGUGGAGCGAAUGUUCCCGCAGCUGUGGGGCUGGGCAGCAACAGCGCAUCCGCACCUACAACCCGCCUGGGGAAGGAGGGCAUUGGUGCCAGGACAUCCUCACGGCUAACACUGAGCGGCGCUUCUGCAACCUGCAGGCCUGCAAAGUGGAUGGUGCCUGGUCCAAGUGGAGCCCCUGGUCAUGGUGUGACCGCCUCUGCGGUGGGGGCCGCUCGUCACGCACGAGGACGUGUACCAGUCCGCCACCCAAGAACGGAGGGCGCCACUGCCCUGGCGAGAAGUACCGCGUGCGCGUCUGCAACCCCCAGCCCUGUGAGGAGGGCUGUUCCCCAGGGAUGCAGGAGGUGGCCUGCGCCAACGAAUGCCCGCGCCACUGCUGGGACCUCCAGGAAGGCAUCGUGUGCCAAGAUGGGGGGGCCUGCGAGCCUGGCUGUCGAUGCCCAGAUGGGACCCUGGAGCAAGACGGCGCUUGCGUGUCCCCCGCCCACUGCGAGUGCACAGAUGCCCAGGGGCACAGCUGGGUGCCAGGCAGCCUCCGUGAUGAUGGCUGCAACAACUGCACGUGCACCGAGGGGAGGCUCCUGUGCACCAACCACACCUGCCUGCUCAGCGAGUGCGCCUGGAGCCUCUGGUCCAGCUGGUCACCGUGCAGUGUCACCUGCGGGAAUGGCCUGCACACCCGUUUCAGGACACCCACAUCUGGCUCGUGGGCCCCCGAGUGCCUGAAGGAGCAGCUGCAGACGCGUCCCUGUGCCCCAGGCACCUGCCCCCCUCUGUGUUGGCAUGAGGGCCGGGAGAUGGGCCUGGGCAGCACCUGGCUCCUGGGGGAAUGCCAGCAGUGCAUCUGCACUCCGGAGGGCAUCUAUUGCAUGGACAUCGUGUGCGCAGUGCAUGGUGCCUGGACCCCCUGGUCACCCUGGUCCGACUGCCCUGUCACCUGUGGCCACAGCACUCAGAUCCGCACCCGGGCCUGCGUCAACCCACCGCCACGCAACAAAGGCUUGCCCUGUGCCGGCCCUGAGAUGCAGGCCCAGAACUGCUCCAUCCUGCCCUGCCCAGGGAGCGAGCUCUGCCGCUGGUCCCCUUGGAGUCCGUGUUCAAGAUCCUGUGGAACGGGCUGGGCCACACGUACAGCGAUGUGCACUUGCCCGACACCCGAGGGCGCUGCCGGAGCGCCUCCUUGUGAACGCAGCCAUCGCCAGGAAGUGGAGGCUUGCUACCUCCAGGCUUGUGAAGAGUGUCCCUGGAGUCCCUGGACCCAGUGGACCAAGUGUUCUUGCAGUUUCCUGGUGCAGCAGCGAUACCGGAACCAGCAGGGCUCAGGGGUCGACGGGGAGCCCUGCGUGGGGCUCGAUGGGCAGUUCCGCAUGUGCAACUAUUCCCAGUGCUCAGAGUCCAGCUGCGAGGCACCCUUUGCGUUCCAGGAGUGCGGCUCCCCCUGCGACACCCUCUGUUCCACGCUGCGACACCCAGAGCUCUGUAAGGACAUUCCCCGGUGCUUACCUGGCUGCUAUUGCCCACAGGGCCUGGUGGAGCAGAACGGGGCCUGCGUCCCGCCAUCACAGUGUGGCUGCCUGCACCGUAGCCAGCCAGAAGGCCCCGUGUACCUGGCCGCAGGAGGCACCGUUUCGAUUGGCUGCAAGGAGUGCACCUGCCAGCAGGGGGAGCUACAAUGCAGCAGUGAAGGCUGCCAAGGUCUUCUUCCGCUGAGUGCCUGGUCUGAGUGGGCGCCUUGCUCUCCUUGCCUGCCCUUGAUGGCCGUGAGCCCCAAUGCAGCGCACGACAGCCGGGCCCUCGGAGAAGCCCCUUCCCAGCCUGCCCUGGUGUCUCUGCAGCACCGCUUCCGGGUGUGCCUGGACCCACAGACAGGCAGAAACUGGGCGGGAGAGCCCGCCCUGUGUUCGGCUGACCUGGAACAGGAGCGGCUGUGCCCGGAUCCUCACGCUUGCGAAGACUUCUGCCUGUGGAGCGACUGGGGUCCCUGGAGCCCCUGCCGUGAACCCUGCAGCGGGGGGUUCCGAGGACGGUGGCGCCAUUCCCGCCACCCGGCAGGAGAGCUUCGAUGCCGGGGGCCACGGUCUCAGUCCGAGAGCUGCAACACAGCCACCUGCCCAGGAGAGGAGUGUGAAGAUCGGGGCAAGGUGUAUACCCCAUCCUGUGCCAAUGGCUGCCCCCGCAUGUGCACGGACCUCUGGGAACAUGUGGAGUGCCUGCAAGGAGAAUGCAGACAAGGGUGCCGCUGUCCUGACGGGCAGCUCCUCCAGGAUGGGGUGUGCGUGCCGAUCUCAGCUUGCCGCUGCGGACUCCCCGUAGCCAACAGCACCCUGGAGUUUAUGCCAGGGCAGUCUGCAGAACUGGAUUGCCACAACUGCUCCUGUGCAAAGGGCAUCUUUGCAUGCCCAGAGGAGGAGUGCCCAUCCUAUGGAGAAUGGUCAGCCUGGAGCCCCUGUCCAGCCAGCUGCGGUGGGGGGAGCGCCCUGCGGCAGCGGCCGUGCCACGAGAGCCCCGGUGGAGCCCCCUGUGCCGCUGACGCCAUGGAGGAAGUUGCUCAGUGCAGCCCACAGCCCUGCCCCGCUGCCUGCCUGCUGAGCGAGUGGUCCGCCUGGAGCCCCUGCAGUGCCGCCUGUGGGGGAGGCGUGUCUGAGAGGAGCCGCAGCCUCCUCUCCCCCCCACUUGGGGGGCUGUGCCCCAUCCCACUGCUGCAGCACCGCACCUGCAACCCUCAGAACUGCACUCCAGAAUGCCCAGGUGCCCAAGUCUAUAGCGACUGUGCCAACGCCUGUCCGCAGUCGUGCUCUGACCUGCGCCCACAGACCCAGUGCCUGCCCGAGGAAUGCCAGCCUGGCUGCAGCUGCCCUUCUGGCCAGGUGAUGCAGGAUGCAGGAUGCGUCCCCCUGGAAAAAUGCCGCUGCUCACUUGGUUCCGUGCCCAUUGUGCCCUGGGCUGCCAACAUGUCCCAAGAAGAGCGGGCGCAGGAAUAUCCGCCUGGCAGCAUCAUUCGGCAUGAGUGCAACAGCUGUGUCUGCCAGCAGGGAGUCUUCAGAUGCACCCAGGAGGACUGCGAUGUGCCAUGCAUUUGGUCGGAGUGGUCGCCCUGGUCAGCCUGCUCUGUGACGUGUGGCACCGGAAAACAGGCUUCCCGGCGCUACCAGACUCAGCUGCGCCUGUACGGUGGUGUGGAAUGCGAGGGGCCUUCGGUGCGCUGGAUGCCAUGUUCCCUCCCGGACUGCACCUGCCCUUCCGGUGAAGUCUGGCUCGCAACCAGUUCCCCUUUCCCCUGCGAGCGAAGCUGCCGCCAAAUCUACGAGGAUCCACCACAGAAUUGCAGCACGAGGGCAGGGCAGGGGUGCGUGUGCCAGCCAGGGCACUACCGGAACAGCAGCGGGCACUGCAUCGUGGCUGCUCACUGUGAGUGUGAGCGUGGAGGCCAGGUUUACUCGGCUGGCGCUGAAUGGUACGAUGGCUGUGACGCUUGCCGCUGCCUGAACGGGAGGGCUGUGUGCAAGGCUGCCUGCCCCCCACUCGCCUGCCUUGAGGGCGAAGUGAAGGUGCAGGAGCCUGGGAGCUGUUGCCCCGUGUGCAGGAAGGAUCUGUCUGAAGAGCCCCGCCCCCAGUGCCAGCACUACACCGAGCGGCGCAACAUCACCAAGGGGCCCUGCCUCCUGGCGGACGUGGAGGUGAGCUACUGCAGCGGGCGCUGCGCCUCCUACACGAACGUCAUCCCUGAGGAGCCGUACCUGCAGACCUUCUGUGAGUGCUGCAGUUACCGCCUUGACCCGGUCAGCCCCGUGCGCAUCCUGAACCUGCACUGCGAAGAUGGUGAGACGGAGCCGGUGGUGCUGCCCAUGAUCCACGGCUGCGAGUGCAGCAGCUGCCAGAGUGGCGACUUCUCCAAGCGCUGACGAUGCCCCCU